UGCUGCAAUGAGCCAAUUUGCAGUUUUAAUUGUAAUUCUGGUGGCUUCCACAGUAUUUAGUGUGCCUGGAAUGAGUAGGUAAGGGGAUUAGGUGUAAGUACCAAGUUUGUGAACUUUGCUUCCAAUUAUAGCUUCUUGCUCUUAUUGGCUGGUCAAUGAUAAAUGCUAAUUUUAGGGAGCGCGUUAAUUGGUGCAAACUCCCGCUCUGCUCUGCUUUGCUCCACUCUCCUAAUUAGCUCCGUUUUCCCUGCAGGCUGAAGUAUUUAAUGGCGUCACCACCCGAACCGGAUAGCACCACUGAUCAUUUCAAUUCUGUAACUUCAGACAGUGAAACAGGAACUGUUGCCUUUACAGAAGAGCCAGAGGAACCAUUGCUUGUGUCUGUAGACCGUGCCACACACACUGUUGUAUUUAAACAAGAGCCAGAGGAACCAUUGUCUGUUGAUACAGACUCAUCAGGCUCAGAGUUUGAGGGGCUCCCACGAUACACUCCACGCCCUGGCCAACGCAGGAGACUCUUUUAUUCAAGAGAGUUUGAUUCCCUGUUGAGACACCACUUUCAAAGAGAUUUGAAAGAAAAAUUCAUAACAUACAGGCGAUUAAUACACGUUCUGAAAAAAACCCCAGAGCUAGUGGAGGAGGCCAGACGUCUCCAUCUGACAACAGAGAAUAUAAGAAGUCGGCUGAGGAAGCUGGCUUUCCGUUACGAAGAAGUUAUUCGUAAGGAUGCCUGGGUUUGAGAAUAUGUAUCGGACCUCCACCUCCAGUUUGCAAAGAAAGCCAAAAAAAAGUGCACCGUGCCCUCUCUGUGGCGUCUCCUUCCGAAAUGUUCGCCAACAUCUUAUAAAGCUCCAUAAAGUACUCAACAAAAUGGAGCUCAGGAUCUUGCUGCAGUACACAUCUGGCACGUAUAAUGGCCUCAAUGAUUGCCCUAUCUGCAAAAGGUCUAACUUUGUGCGUUUAGAUAAACACAUGAAACUAUGCCAUUCAGAUAUGACAGAAGUGCAGCAGAAGGAACUUCUUACGAAAGCUAAAAAACAGACAAAUCUUUUGGAUCUGAAAACAUUACGGGCCAAAAAUCCAUCCCCUCCCUUGGUUAGUACCCUCGAUGUGGAGAUGUUGGCCGAGUCAGAUGAUGAAACAAGCUCCCCUCAGCAAUCGAUUAUGGCACAGAAGGACGUCAUUACACACCAGGUUGCUCCCCACCAAGGACCAGAGGAAGGAGACACCAGAGAGAGGGAGGACACUGCUCCAACCACACAACCAAACUGCAAGGGCUGCAAGGUACAGAAAGCAGUUGUCAAACAACUGAAAGAAGAGAUAAACACAUUAAAAAAUAAAAACCCAUUCCCCCUGCGGAGAAAAUAUGAGAGAAGGAAUACUGUACAGACAGAACUUCCAGUUUUUGAAAAAGUCCUUCAGACCUGGCUUAAUCAUAUUGAAGGCGUCACGUAUCGCCAGAACGAGAACGCACGCCAGAGAGUCACACGUGUGCGAUCCUGGUUGGCUUACAUGAGUGAUGGAGGGGUGCCAACCAUGGAUUUUGCUUUCUUAUCAGACCCCAGCAAGCUUAUAAACUGGGCGCACUCUUUGAGGAAUUUUGCUGUAACAACACAAAGAAUAUACAUAAGCGAUGUGAGGUCUUUCCUGAAAUUUCUCCUUGAAGCACGACUGGACACUGUGAGAGCCUCUAAAAAGAAAUUGAAGGGGGCAAUUUUCAGCCUAGACAGGCUUCGGAGGAAACUAACGAGCAGGCUUGUUGUACACAAACAAGCUGUUAAGGCCAAAAAAUCAAAAAACAUUCUGGAUGCAGUACACAUACAGACCUUCCUGGAAAAGGCUAGACGAGCAAUACCGAAUGCUUUAGUCACUCUGGAGCAAAAUCCCCUGCCACAAAACCUUUACCACCUAUUUGGCCUGUUGUCAGGGUUCAUAAUUUGCCUGACAGGGCACCGUAGGGGAGUCUUGUUGGGAAUGGAGGCAGAAGAAGUCCACGCUGCACCUAAAGACAAAAAUGGACGUCGAGUUAUUAUGGUGGCAAAACACAAAACAUCCUCAAAAUAUGGCCAUGCCCUUGUCCCUUUGGAAAAGGAGGAAUAUGUCUGGUUUGCCAGGUUUUUAUAUCAUAGGCACAAAUAUCCCAUGGGCGAGUCCAAAUUGUUUUUUGCAAACACAAAUGGGGGUCCAUUCUCCCGCUUAGCAGGCACUUUCCAGGAGUGCUGGAAGGAGUUUGGGCUGCCAGGAAAACCAACAUUUGGCCUCAUACGAACAAGCAUCAGCACCUAUGUUGGCCGUGAACUGGAUUACAAGCAGAAGGAGCAGGUACGGCGACUCAUGUGUCACAGCACAGCAGUUGCUGAGGUGUUUUAUGAAGCCAACCAAAACCUGACAGAUGCUUUCAAGUCCCGCCGGGCCACGGCAACAGCUGUCCAGAAGCAGACCAACAAUCCUAGGGAAGGAAGGGAGGAAGAUGAGGACAUGCACAGAAGUAAGAAAAGAUGCAUCUCCAAGACACGCAUGAGAAAUUACAAAGGUGACAAGAAAUAUCCCGAAAGUGACAUCAAGGACACCAGUACUGAAGACAGUGAUGACACCACAGAAAAAACAGAGGAGGAGGAUGAGGACAGAAUAAGGAGGAAGGCUGCUGGCAAGACAGAUGACAAACGUGACAAGAAAUAUCCUAAAAGAGAGACCAAAAGCACCAGUGUUGACAGCAGUGAUGACACCACAGAAGAAACAGAGGAGGAGGAUGAUGAGGACAGAAUAAGCAGGAAAGUUUCUGGCAAGACAGAUGACAAAUGUGAUGAGAAAUAUCCUAAAAGAGAGACCGAAGGCACCAGUGUUGACAGCAGUGAUGACACCACAGAAGAAACAGAGGAGGAGGAUGAUGAGGACAGAAUAAGCAGGAAAGUUUCUGGCAAGACAGAUGACAAACGUGACAAGAAAUAUCCUAAAAGAGAGACCAAAAGCACCAGUGUUGACAGCAGUGAUGACACCACAGAAGAAACGGAGGAGGAGGAUGAUGAGGACAGAAUAAGCAGGAAAGUUUCUGGCAAGACAGAUGACAAACGUGACAAGAAAUAUCCUAAAAGAGAGACCAAAAGCACCAGUGUUGACAGCAGUGAUGACACCACAGAAGAAACGGAGGAGGAGGAUGAUGAGGACAGAAUAAGCAGGAAAGUUUCUGGCAAGACAGAUGACAAACGUGACAAGAAAUAUCCUAAAAGAGAGACCAAAAGCACCAGUGUUGACAGCAGUGAUGACACCACAGAAGAAACGGAGGAGGAGGAUGAUGAGGACAGAAUAAGCAGGAAAGUUUCUGGCAAGACAGAUGACAAACGUGACAAGAAAUAUCCUAAAAGAGAGACCAAAAGCACCAGUGUUGACAGCAGUGAUGACACCACAGAAGAAACGGAGGAGGAGGAUGAUGAGGACAGAAUAAGCAGGAAAGUUUCUGGCAAGACAGAUGACAAACGUGACGAGAAAUAUCCUAAAAGAGAGACCGAAGGCACCAGUGUUGACAGCAGUGAUGACACCACAGAAGAAACGGAGGAGGAGGAUGAUGAGGACAGAAUAAGCAGGAAAGUUUCUGGCAAGACAGAUGACAAACGUGACAAGAAAUAUCCUAAAAGAAAGACCGAAGGCACCAGUGAUGACACCACAGAAGAAACAGAGGACAGGAUAAGGAGGAAAGGUGCUGGCAAGACACGCAAGACAGAUGAAAACAGCAACAAAGAAAUAGUUGUGAUACUGGACAGUAACGAAGAAGACCAGACACAAGACAAAGACAAGAAGGAUGAACAAAACAACAAAGAUACCUCAAGUAUUCGAAAGGAUGACGCAGGACGUAGUACAGAUUCAUUCCCGCGUUCAUUAAUUUUCCAUUCCACUAAUCCUCCGCCGAGUCACAGGAGAACCAGGAGCAUAUCCCAGCGAGCUCGAGGCAAAAGGCUGGGGACAGCCUGGAAGGGGUGCCAACCCAUCACAGGGCGCAAUCGCCGACCCACUCGCACACCCCUUCACACACUACAGAAGAUUGGGAAAUGUGGGAGAGGAAACCAGAGUCAUAAAGACAAUGACAAAGAUGAACAACACACUGAUGCAGACAUGCCAGGUGAAGGAAAGGACAAAACCAGGAACAGAACAGACACAGCUGAUGGAGACAAAGAUGAACAGCAACAUGCUGAUGCAGACAUGCCAAGCGAAGGAAAUGAGACGGGGCACAGGAAAGACACAGCUGAUGGAGACAAAGAUGAACAGCAACAUGCUGAUGCAGACAUGCCAAGAGAAGGAAAUGAGACGUGUCUUUCCUGUGCCCCAGCUGAUGGAGACAAAGAUGAACAGCAACAUGCUGAUGCAGACAUGCCAAGUGAAGGAAAUGAGACGGGGCACAGGAAAGACACAGCUGAUGGAGACAAAGAUGAACAGCAACAUGCUGAUGCAGACAUGCCAAGUGAAGGAAAUGAGACGGGGCACAGGAAAGACACAGCUGAUGGAGACAAAGAUGAACAGCAGCACAUUGAUGCAGACAUGCCUAGUGAAGGAAAUACUGAGACGGGGCACAGGAAAGACACAGCUGAUGGAGAUGAAGACAAAGAACAUGUCGAUGCAGACAUGCCUAGUGAAGGAAAGGACAAGAUCAAAUUUACAAACGAGACUGAUGGACUUAAUGAAAUGGAUAUGGGAUGCAGCACAGAGAAGACCGACAAUCACAUAAACAUAGACUUGCCAAAAGAUAAGAAUGAGAGAGGAAGUAACAAUCAGACUGAACAACACACACAAGAAGUCACCCAACCAUCCAUACCCCAAAAGCGUAAGAAAACCCUUUUGAAGAAUUCAACCCUCCGCAAAUGUGCCCGAAAAAUUUCCAGUGAUGAAGAGUCACCUGUCAAAGAAAAGUCAUUGGUGUCACCUCGCAGACUCCGGAAGAGGGCAGGUGGAUUAAGCCCAGUUGCUGUAGCCAGGAUGCAUAGAGCACUGAAAAUACUUGCAAGAAAAAGGGGACAAAAAAAUUAGGGCCUAAAAUAAAUUCAUUCAUGUUUCUCAUAAACUCAACAUUACUGAUAAUCAAUAAGAAAUUAAAGAAAAGCAGGGAAAGUUGUUCAGUUGGAUUGUUAUUGAUGCUCAAUGGUCUGUGAUUUUUGUUUUAUUUACAAAUUAGGAAUAUAUAUAUUUUUUUAACUAAUUCAGGAUAAAAGACUUGAAACUUUUGUUUUAAAGGAAGUGGAAAAUGUUCAUUUUCCUGUUUUUU